AUGGAAUCGCAGGUGGUGCAAUUGAUCUCGUACCAGACGAGUUCCGAUAAUUACACGAGAACGCGGGCUGAACAGGAGUUUGACCAGCUGUCGCGGUCCGAUCCGUCCCAGACUCUAUACACUCUUGUUGUUGUUGGCACGUCUGACCAGGUGGACUUUGGCGUUCGCCAGGCCGCAUUGCUGCACAUCAAACGACUUGUUCCCAAGUUCUGGUCGCCCGCGUUCGACUCGUACGAAGGUCCGUCCACCGUCCAGACAGAAGCCAAACAGUUCAUCAGAGACGGUCUCUUGAAACUGGUGGGCGAUCCAGACUCCAAGAUCAGAAAUUCGGCCAGCUACGCGAUCACACAGAUCGCCGCCGUGGACUACCCGGACGAGUGGCCGUCGUUGCUGUCCAAUCUGUACGACAUGGUCACCGACACGAAGAGCACUCCGAGCCAGGUGUUGGGCUCCUUGGGCGUGUUGCAGGACCUGUUUGACGACUUGAUCCCGGAGGAACAGUUCUUUGAGGGUGGUGUUUCCAUGAGGAUCAUGCAGACCGCCGAGCUGAUUCUCAACUCCGACUCGUCCACCCACCAGAUCAAGGCACAGACUCUCAAACUACUGAAAACGGUCAUUGAGAUCCUCAACACGGCAGAGAUCUCGGGCAAUCAGGCCCGCGCCCAGUUCGUCGACCAGGUUGUUCCGCACGUGCUGGACCUGCUGGCCAACAUCGCCGCUGGCUUUGUCCACGACAAGUCGUCGCUCGACUCGCUUUUUGUGGCUGGACUGAAAAACGAGCUGUACGGGUGUCUGACCUCGCUGGUCACCUCGUUCCCGCGGGUUGCCGAGUCCAUCAACGGCCGCCUUCUCGAGACAGUUUUGGAGGAGAUCAACAACAUGGCUUCCGUGUACGUGCCGUUUCUCACGGUGGAGGACAUGGACGCGGCCAUCAACUCUGCGUUCCGGGACUCCAAAGAGUUUCAGGCCAGCCAGACCGAGCGGAUCGAGUCGUCCAAGAGUCUUGUUACGCUGAUCGCCUCGGAAAUCGAGUUCUUGCAGUCGUUGCUCGACCUGUCGAACGACGUCGUUCCAGGCCCCGUGCUGCAGAAACUGUGUGCUUUGCUGGUCCAACUGAGCGGAUUGCCGGUGGAAGCACAGUCCGGUUUCGAGGACGAUUUCAACGAGUUUGUGAGCGUCGAGACAGAACUCUCGAUCGAGACCGGAACGGCCGUCAGAGACGCCGCCAAAGAUCUGCUGGAGAGCGUCACUGCGUCGACCAACCAGUCCAUGAUCAACCAGCUCGUCCAGACGUUUACUACCCAAGUCCACGAGGGUGCCGACUGGAGACUGCUCGAAAGCACUGCGUACCUAUUGAUGUGUCUGUUCUCCAACGAUACCGGCUCGGAAGACGCAAACGUGCCGUUCAAGCUGCAGGAUCUGCUGGAGUUUGUGAUCAACCUAAUUCCAGCACACAUUGGUGAUUCACAGCUGUUUGUGUCGCGACUCGUUUUGCUGGUUCCCAAGUACAUCUUGCGGUACGAGUCGCAGCUCGAGACGUUCAGCGUGUCGUCAUUGGAACAGAUCCUCGCUGUGGUGCACAAACUGGACCACGGCUUUGAGAUCGUCAAGGCUGCCAGUCUGAUUUCGUUCCAGUACUUUAACCAUUUUGUGCGGUCGUCGCAGUUCUCCGAACAAACACAGUCGCAAUUGCUGGAUCUGGUCAACCAGAUCAUGAACGACGCCACAGAGGACGCCAACAUCAUGAUCCUCGAGUCGUUGACCAUCAUCAUUAAUAUCAACAACACCGCUCUCGUGCAGAACGAGGCUAUCUUCAACCUGUGUCUUACCAUUGGGUUCAGAGACUGCUCCAACUACUCGCUCACGGCGUCAACGCUGGAGUGUAUCGAAGACCUGCUCAAGGACAUUCCACAGGAAAACUACCUCAACCUGUGCUACAAGGGCCUCGAGCCAUUACUCAAGAUUAUCGCCGACUCCAAGGGCCAGUACUCGCCUGAGCUCGACCUUUCAUUGCAGGUGCUCACGGUGUUCAUCAAGGGCCCCAACCAGGACUCCCAGAUUCCCCAGGACGUGUUCCAGUUCCUAUUCCCCGAGAUCUGCAACCUCAUUCUCAGCUGCGACGAUGACGAGACUCUGCAGUCGUCGUCCGAGGUGUUCAACGGUCUGCUGGCCAAAUCGUCCCAGUUCAUCAUGUCGUACCGCGACCCGGCCUCCGGCACCUCGGGGGACGAGCUCGUGCUCAAGAUCCUAUCCAAGUUUCUUUCGCCGUCCAUGAGCGACCGGGCAAUUGUCCGCCUCGGCGACCUGGUGGUGCUGCUGAUCCAGAACUUCAGCUCAGAGGCGUCUGUGUGGCAGUACUUUGAGGACAUUCUAAAAGCCGUCACUCUGAGACUCAUCUCUGCCAAAGAAAUGAUCACCAUCGAGAACCUCGUGCUCAUUUUCAACACGCUCACGGUGCAACAGCCGCAACAGACAAUCGACUUCCUCGCAAAUUUCUCUGUGGACAACCGUCCAGCACUCGAAAAAGUGAUCCCCGUGUGGUUGCAGUCGUUUGAGGUGAUGCGUGGCUACGAUAAAAUCCUGUCCAAUAUUAAGGCCUUUAUUGAAAUCUACAAGCUGAACGACCAGCGACUCAAGUCGUUUGCGGUCAACGGCGACGUGAUCCCUAACCAGAUCCCGGACGACGUGAUUGUCACGCGGUCCAUGUCCAAGAAAAUGCCCAUCAAGUACGAGCAGAUCGGCGCGGACGUCAAAAUCAUCAAACUUCUGCUCAGCGAGUUCAAGUUCCAGGAAAAAUCUGCCCAGAGAGCACAGCACGCACAACAGGUCCAGAAACCAGACAGCGACGAUGACGACGAUGGCUGGGAAGACCUCGACGAGGUCGGGGUGCCCACGUUCGAACAGCUGCGUCAGUACGCCGAAGAAGACGAGCAAACAGGCCGUUCCGUCGCAGACAACAACGGCGACGAUAUCCGCCAGUUGCUCGGCUCCUUCUUCAAAGAAUGUACAGCCAGAAACACCUCUGGGUUCCACGAGAUCUACUCGUUGCUCAGCGAAGAGGACAAGCGGUUCCUGACCGAAUACGUUGCAUUCACAUAG